AAAUGGUCAUCCUGAUGAAAGGCACAAUGUCUCCAUGGAAAUGUACAGAAAGUACGGGCCCAUUUUUGUCGAGAGGCUGCAGGGUCGGCGCUCGGUGGUGCACAUCGUCAAAGGCACAGACGUACGAAAAGUGCACCAGGAGGAGGGCAAAGCACCUUUCAGGUUGGGAGCGAUGCCCCUGAAACACUAUCGCAGAUCCAGGCCCGAGUACUACGCCGACGUCGGCAUUCUUAACCUCCAAGGAAAAGAGUGGCUGAGAGUUCGGUCCAGCACGCAGCCACACACGCUAAAAGCCCGCACAGCCGGUUCAUACCUUCCAGCCAUGCACAGAAUCUCCGACCAAGCUCUGACUCUCAUUGAUAACGUUAUGGAUGAAACCGGCUGUGUAAGAGACUGUUUUUCUAUCUUCCGACGAUGGACCCUGGAAAGAAACUCUGCUUGA